AUUGGAUUAUUUGUAACAUAGCAUGAUAUUAAGAAUGCUAGUAGCAUAUACACAUUUUGAAUACUUAAGCUCAAACUAUUUCCACUUGAAUGUAUUACAUUCUCUCUAACGAAGAGAUAACUGGUGGCAUUAAGCCAGUAGAGUUAUGUUUACUCUACAGCUCUGUUAUGAGACUCUGACUGUAAUUCACAUUUCUCAGAGAUAACGUGUGUUAACUAAAUAAGUGGAUCUGUCCAGGUGCGCAGCCGGCGCAUGACGCCUGUUUUCAAGAUGUGAACGCUGCGGGAAAUGCCUUUGGAAACUGCGGCAAGGACAGUAAGGGCAACUACAUGAAGUGUGAGAAGAGUGAUGCCAAAUGUGGUAAGAUACAAUGCCACAGUGCUGCCAAGAAGCCAAAGGGCACCAAUGCUGUGUCCAUAGACACCACCAUCCAGACAGACGGCAUUGAGGUGAAGUGUCGGGGCACCUUUGUUUACAGCACUCAAGAUGGGCAGGGCGACCUUCCAGACCCUGGGCUUGUCAUGACAGGCACCAAGUGUGGAGAGGGGAAGGUGUGCAAAGAUCGGCGAUGUCAAAAUACCUCUUUCACUGAACUAGAAUCCUGCAUUGUCCGUUGCCAUGGACAUGGCGUGUGUAACAGUAAUGGGAACUGCCACUGUAGCCGUGGAUGGGCUCCCCCCUUCUGUGAGAAACCAGGUCUCGGGGGAAGUGUGGACAGUGGACCUGUGCAGUACGACA